CCUAGCAAAGCCAAACCUUAGUCACUCCCUUUAUACACCGUCCCAUUCACCAACUUGACUCGAAUAAUUACACUCACUGUUACCGAAAACCAGUGGCUUUUCAGUAUGGACAGAGAAGUUCAGCAACUAGUUGAAAUGGGUGCCACAGCCGCCCAGGCGCGCGCAGCUCUCAAUAAAUACAAAGACGUAAUGCAAGCGGCUGAAAAGUUCUUUGAAGGAGAAUUCGAGAAUGUGGCGGGGGACGACUCAGGACGUACCCAUCAAGCCCAUUCAAGUGCCACUAGUCGCGAUCCAGAUGUCGAGAUGGAUAAAGAGGAUGAUGAUGGAGAAUUAGAGGAUGAUGAAGGUUCCGAUGCCUACAUAGAUUACGACUCAGACGAUGAUGGUGGGAUGCCUGGAGACUCCGGGGCUUCCAAAGUUAAUGACCCUUAUGCUGGAAUAUUCUUCUCCAAAGACCGACGCGAGGAAGUAAUUGAAAUCGAAGAAGAGUCUGUUUUCGUCUCUGUUCCAGAAAUCAACGAAAAGGUGGAGGUCAUGACACAAGGAAGAUGGAUGGCUGGUUGUGCUGAGGGUGGCGAACAAAGCUUCCUGUUCUCCUUGUACUCGCAGCUCGGGGAGUCACAACUCAGCGACCUGGAUGGUGUUUGCCCUUGUCCCUCUGGUUGUGGGCAGACUGUCAAACGUCAGCAAAGCGACUUUUUUGCGAUCUAUCCCAAGUUUUCCACUUACAUCCAACAUCUGCAAAGUAAAGUACCUCAGAGGUGCCCCAAGUGUCAAACAGACUUCUGUUUCGCGUGUGGAGAGAAGAUCUCUCAAGAUGCCAGUGACCCACUGUGGCAUUGUUCCAAUCUGCAGGGCGUCAUUCUUGGUGUCGGUCUGUUCAUGAUCGAAAGGUUGUUUGAGCAACAGAAAGAAGAAUCUGAGAUAAAGGAGACUACCGAGCGGGAGACUAAGCGAAGAAAAACCAGAGACAUCGAUGACGAUGAAUUAGAUACGGGAUCGGGCAAGACGAAAGGCGGGGUAGGUUAUGCUGGUGAUUUGAAAGAGGAUAGUUCCGGCCAAGCAGAGGCUCAAGCGAACCAAUUUGCAAAGGAUUCCAAAAUCCGCGCUUUGCUUGCGGAAGUCCGGGUCUACCUACCUUCUUUACAACGGCCUGGUGGGGCUCGUCCAUCUGAUUAUCUUCCACACCCUUCCUCCCUUACGCACCUCCGACGUCGUUUCAAUCUCAUUACCAGCGAACUUCUUCGCAACGAUUCUCUCGCAGAUAUGUCUGACCGGCACGGCCUUUACUUUGAGCUGCUCGAAUGGCUAGAGACGAUUUCGUCGCAUGAAAGUCUUUGCAGUAUGAUGCCUAUGCCUAUCAUGAGAAGCGUCAGCCAACAGACUGUUGUGAAGAAGACCAACACUUCAACAAUACGAGAGCGCAAAAUUAUUUACGAAGGCUCGGCCAGCCCUCGAGAACUUCUCGAAGCCAUCUCUCUUCAAGCGCAAGCAGCGCUCAAGGGACUGGAAAGCUCAAAGCCUCCUGAGGAUCCGUCACCCGAACCUAAUGAAGAACAGAAGCGAAAAACAGUUGUUGCUAAUAAAGGGAAAUCGAAAGGCGACGCGCUUGCGGAGGGCAAUUUCGACGAGACUGCGAAACUUUACGGUUUCUGUAAUCGUCUUUUGGCCACUACAGUUCAAAUUGACCGGUCUUUGCGAGAGCUUAAGGGCGAUGAUUUUGUGACCCGGAUGCAUGAAUCCCUACCUAAGGCGUACACAUCAGCUUCAGAUACUAUUUACGUCGAUGCCGGCGAUACUGAGGAAGAUGCCAAGGAGGCGUAUGUCAAGUGGGCCACAUCGAGCAGGUUCGAGUACUGUGAUCUCACAAUCCCUACAACAGAUAAUUCGGACGAGACGCUAAAUUAUAAGCACUAUUUCAACAAUGAAAUUCGAAUGCUUGCAAACGCUAGUAUUCCAAAACGCUCGGUUGCUAUUGCAAAGGAGCUGGCGAUUCUCACUACGAAUUUACCGGUGGCCUGGGAUUCAUCAAUCUUCCUCAGAGUGGACGAUGCGAGGGUCGACGUUAUCAAAUGUCUAAUCACAGGGCCAGAAGGUACCCCGUAUCAUAAUGGCUGCUAUCUGUUUGAUGUAUUCCUCGGGGCAAAUUAUAAUCAAUCUCCUCCCGGUGUCAAAUAUAUGACAACGAAUGGCGGCAAGUAUCGUUUCAACCCUAAUUUGUAUGCGGAUGGCAAGGUGUGCCUCAGUCUUCUGGGAACAUGGACUGGACCGGGCUGGGUGCCAUUUAAAUCCACGCUACUACAAGUACUGCUAUCGAUACAAUCCAUGAUUCUAUGCGAGGAACCGUAUCUGAAUGAACCGGGAUGGGCUUCAAAUGCUGGUACACCUCAGUCGAAAGCAUACUCAGCCAAUGUCAGACGUAUGGUCGUGAAAACUGCUAUGAUCGAUGCGCUUCAAAAUCCUCCGGAACCAUUCGAGGAUGUAAUAAGGACACAUUUUAGGCUCAAAGCUCGGUCCUUGAAGAAGCAACUAGAUAGCUGGCUCAAGGAAGAUGACCAUAGAGCGCUGGCAUCAGACGGUGCGGAAUACUCGGGUGCUGGAAGGAAUUUAAGCACCAGUAGUUCAAACGACUUCAAGGCUGAUAUCAACUCGUUGAAAAGCCUUCUGAACGAUUUGUGAACUUGUAGUGUAAAUGUACGGUCACAUAAUUCCAAAUAACAGGUUGAACAUGAAAAGGACGGGUAAUGACACGUGAGACACUGGACAAUGACAUGUGAAUAAUCUCCCAGUCUCCGAGUCCGUCUAAACGUAAAAUGGUUCUUCGAAUUAUUCUUCGACGACAACCGCCAGCUUACAUAGAUUCAUUUCUUAACAAGGCCUGACUCUGAUGAACGACUCUAUCAUGCAUGCAAUGGCUGGAGCCGGUAUGCUUGACUUCCGAUGACACUGUCUCGCGUAAUGCUGAAUACAUCGAUUACUUCACCUUUACACAGGUGGUGGUGUUUUGGUGAGU